AUGACUCUGACUUCAAUUGCAGCUGUGAGCUACCCAGCGCGCAUGCUGUCAAGGGCGGUGAACUCCCUGUCACCCGAGAUCCUGGAUUUCAUGAAUGGGGAGCAGAGGUUCAUCCUUGUGUGCGAUUGGGACGAGCGAGUCGCAGCGCCUGCUGCCAAUCUGCUCUUUGAAAAGGGAGCUGACAAUAUGUUGCUCCUCAGUGGGGGUUUGCGGGAGGUUCUUGCCAAGUGCCCUGAGGUAGUGGAGGGCUGCAGGCCACAGCCAGUGAGGACCAGCCGAGCGCCCUCUGAAGCCUUCAUGACAGCCUCAUUCACCAGCAGUGCAGGGACACUCAGGAGAUCCCUGUCACUGGCCCGUAGGCAGUCUCUGCGGCCCAGCACGGCAGCCACUUCCCUGUCAUUCGCGCCCCCGAGCAGCAGCCGCAGGAGCUCUUAUAGUGCGGCGCCUUCCGCCCCCCUGGAGCGGGAGAACAUAGCUCCUUUCAUCUCAAACACCCCCACAGCAGCUGCGGGACCCUGGAGAUAG